AUGCAGUGUUACCAACUUUUGUUUACUCUCUUAUUCGUUACUCUACUCUCCCGCUCAUCGUGCUUGCUAACUUACUUUGCUACAGUACUUGCUUGGUUUUUGUUGUAGGCUACUUGUUAGGUUCGGUAUUGAUGCUUUUUACUAAACAAAAGUGUGUUUUUCUACAUUUUCUCAUUUUUAGAAUAUAAUUCGUGUUAUAAAUAGCAUGGAGCAAUCAACAGAGGUUGAAGACUCAUCGAACAAUGAUUUUUCAUCGAAAGAAAAUCAGGAAGCAAGAGCUUUCCUUCGUGAAAGAUUUCUUCGAGUGGUGUCUUCAGUUAUAGGAAAGCCAUGCCAAUUGUAUACCGCAGAGAACACAAUUGUGAGUGGCGAAUUCCAUGGAUGUGACAAAGACGUGAUCAAUUUUUUGAUCAAGGAUCUUGAAACCCCAGUUUAUCAGAUUCCAGUUGCUUGUGUUAGAGCCACCGACAUUACGAAUAUCACAUUCCAUAAUGCUGAAAAGCUGACAAAUAAAUAAUGUAAUCUUAUUUUCAUUGAUGUGAUUAUUCUGAUCUUAAUGUGAUCUGAUUAUAUAUUUUUGUUUUAUCACUUGAA